AUGGACUUUUUGUUGGCAUGCGAAUUUUGCCUUCCGUCAGUUGAUAACCGAGUGACCGAAGAGGAAAAUCUUGACAGUACUCCUUCUAGUGUCCUGAAACCCACACAGAGCCUUACAACAUCAAACGAUAUCGACUCCAGAACGGUAAAGCAAAGCAGUUCAGGGAUCGUACCUCUACCCACUCCAUCAUCUUCGAAACAAUCAUCGAAUCACGCUCCAACCUUCCCAUAUCCACUCUACAAAUCCCUGAUGCCAGAAGGUCGCUACGGAAGUGGAACGGUUCUUUCGAUGAAACCAGCUGGAAUCAGAGCCGAGGACGUCGAUGAGGUGAGACAUGAUUCAUCGUUUUCCAGGAUUGAAGAGCACAUUCACCAUGCAUUUAAUUCACCGAAUUACUUUUAA